AUGGCACCUGCAAGCCAUAUGAACUACCAGAAGGACGAGAGAGUCCUUUGUUUCCACCAUGAGAUUCUCUAUGAAGCAAAAAUCCUGGACCUGAGGCACAUUGAUCCUGACGACCGCAAGAGUCCGUACGAGUACCUUGUCCACUACAAGGGGUGGAAGAACACGUGGGAUGAUUGGGUCCCGCAAGAUCGACUUCGUAAAUUUACAGAUGAGAAUCGAGAGUUGGCCACGACUCUCCGUCGUGAGGCUGAGGCUGCGUUCCGCCAGAAGAAUGUGAAGCCCUCUGUGAAGAAACGGGGAGGCUCCGAUCGCAGUUCCGCCCGGGACAGCGAGGAGAGGCAAACUUCUGUUCCGGGCCGCGGGACGAAGAGAGCACGAGAAAAUGAUAUUGAAAAGGAGGAGAGCUUCUAUGUCCGGCCAUCAGUGCGGAUUGCCAUGCCCGACAAUUUGAAAUCCCUUCUGGUCGAUGAUUGGGAGAAUAUCACUAAGAACCAGCAAGUGGUGGCACUGCCGGCCAAAUGUUCAGUUAGCCAGAUCUUGGAUGACUAUGUCAAGGAGGAAAAGCCUAAGAGGACGAGCACCGCUGACCUGGAUGUUCUUGAUGAGAUCAUCAUGGGUAUCCGCGAAUACUUCUACAAAGCACUGGACAAGAUCCUUCUCUAUCGCUUUGAAAGGGAACAGUAUCGUGUGAUUCGCAAGAGGUGGGAGGAUGGCAAUGGGGACUGGGCCGAUAAAGGUCCUCUUGAGACCUACGGUGCUGAGCAUCUGACGCGGCUUUUCGCGACCAUGCCUGAGCUCAUCGCCCAGACGAACAUGGAUGCUCAAUCCACGAACAGGCUUCGGGAAGAGCUCUCCAAGUUCACAAUCUGGCUGAGCCGCAACUCCGCCAAGUACUUUGCAACUAGGUACACGAAUGCCAGCAACGAGUAUAUCGAGAAGUCGCGCGGGGCUCCAAAUCCAGCUCCGGCCACCGCUACCUCGCGUCUUGUGUGA